GAUGUUAAAUCUUUAUUGUAGAUGUUGUGUCACAAUUUGGUAUGGAGACUAUCAUCCUUUACACAGCACUAAUGUUGAAAAAGAGAGUAGUGGUCUAUCACCCACGGAUUGAGGUGCUGCUGGAGUUCACUAGAGCUCUUCCUGGAUUGGUAUGGCAUAGAAAAGACUGGUCCAUUCUCCACCCUUUUGUUCACCUUGAUAAUAAUGAGCUGGAAAACCUCAAGCUGUUUACAGGGUAUGUUGCAGGGUUUGUCGAUCCUGAAGUCAGAGACAGAUCAGAUCUGUUUGAUGUGUAUGUUAAUCUUCCAGACAGUGAAAUCACUGUGUCACAAAAUGCCAAAGAGGCAAUGGCUAUGGGAAAACUCCAUAAAGAGAUCGGUAACUACAUUGUCCAGGCUGCAGAGGACAUGGAGCGCACAGAUGCACAGGUUAUUAAGGAUAUUUCAGUAAAAACUAAGGAGAUCCUCAGAAACCUGAUGUCUCUUGCUGAUGAAGCAGAGAACUCGAAGUUGACUUUGGAGACUCUGAAGCAGCGGCACUACCCUCCAGCCACUGAAAACUUCCUCUUCCACUUAGCUGCAGCUGAGCGACUUCUGAAGAUCUGACCAAUCAGUGCACCCCAUCCAACUGGCAAGCCUCACAGUAACCAAUCAGAGAGGAUCUUACCAUUCAUUGUCAAUCACACAUUGAAUAACAUUUGCAAGAACCUGUGUCUAAUUUCAGGGAUAGUGAACAGGACAAAAGUUAUAUAAGAACAAAAAUAUUUCUUAGAAAGAUGUAUAAAAUAUAGCUAUAACAAGAUAGCUACACCUCAUGUGUGUAAUUAUGUUGAAUGUAACAAUUCUAUGUGUAACAGGUUUGAAAUAAUUCAUAAACAAACCUUUUGAUAGCACUUGGA